GGCGCAACGAGCUAAUCGCGCGUUACAUCAAACUGCGCACGGGCAAGACGAGAACCCGUAAACAAGUCAGCUCCCAUAUCCAAGUGCUCGCCAGACGGAAACUCCGUGAAAUUCAAGCCAAAAUCAAAGUCGAACCAAAUGGUGUCUCCUUGCAUUUACUCAAUGAGAAAGAGCAGACCCUGCAGGCCAUGAGCUCAAUGACCAGCUCACAGAUUGUCUCCGCCCAGGCGGCCAAUAAUCUAGCGUUGGCCGCCUCGGCGCUCACGGCGGGCGUGCACCAGCACGCGAAGCACUUGCCGCAGCCCGCCCACCAUCAGCAUCCGCCGGCGGCUGCGGCGGCAGCGGCGGCGGCGGCAGCUGCGGGUGGUGCUGGUAGUGGUGUUGGGGCUGCUGCUGCUGCUACUGCUGGUGGUGGUGGCGGUGGCGGUGGCGGUGCAACUGCAUCCAGCAGCGUUGCACUGCCGCCGUCAUCGUCGUCGUCGUCGCCGUCGCCACGACACCACCAACACCACCACCACCACCACCACCACCUACCAGCCCACCAUUCCCAUCACACUAUGCCGCACCACACGCAUAGCCAUAUGCAUCCACAUCAUCAGCAACAUGCGGCGGCCGUUGCAGCAGUUUACCACCUACAGCAGCAGCAACAACAACAACAACAGCAGCAGCAGCAACAACAACAGCAACAGCACCAUCAGCAGCAGCAGCAACAACAACAACAGCAGCAGUCAAGUGGUGGAACAACAGGUGCAGUGUCACCAUCAGUGGCCGAACCACCGCUGCCACCGCCGCCGCCGCCGCCACCGUUGCACCACCCGCCGUUGUAUCCGGGCCAAUUUUGGCAACCCGGUCUGCAGCCGAGCACAUCGCAAGACAUCAAGCCGUUCGCCCAGCCGCCCUAUACGCCCGGCAAGCCAUCGACGGCGGUGUCCGGCGAAAUCGAGGCUGGUAUUCCGCCCGCACAAUUGCCAUGGGAGGGACGCGCGAUUGCCACACAGAAAUUCCGCUUGCUCGAGUUCACGGCCUUCAUGGAAAUCCAAAGAGAUGAGAUCUAUCACCGACAUCUAUUUGUACAACUGGGCGGCAAGCCAUCCUUCUCCGAUCCGCUGCUUGAGACUGUUGACAUACGGCAAAUAUUCGACAAGUUUCCGGAGAAAUCCGGCGGUCUCAAGGAGCUGUACGAGCAGGGUCCACAGAAUGCGUUCUACCUGGUUAAAUGUUGGGCGGAUCUCAACACGGACGUUACGACGGGCAGCGAAACGGGUGAUUUCUAUGGCGUAACUAGCCAAUAUGAAAGCAAUGAGAACAUUGAGCUCGUCUGCUCGACAAUCGUCUGCUCGUUCGGCAAACAGGUGGUGGAGAAGGUGGAGCACGAGUAUUCGCGCCUGGAGCACAAUCGCUACGUUUACCGGAUUCAGCGCUCGCCGAUGUGCGAAUACAUGAUCAAUUUCAUCCAGAAGCUGAAGAACCUACCUGAACGCUACAUGAUGAACAGUGUGCUCGAGAAUUUCACAAUAUUGCAGGUGAUGCGAGCGCAGGAAACGAAAGAGACACUGCUAUGCAUAGCGUAUGUGUUUGAGGUGGCGGCGCAGAAUAGCGGCACCACGCACCACAUCUAUCGCCUUAUAAAGGAAUAGCAUGAGCUGCAUGAAGCAGCGCCCAAUCUGUCCGCGUUACCCACCAAUGCACAAAUCAGCGAAUACAGCAACAGCAACAACAGCAGCAACAACAACAACAGCAACAGCAACAACAAUAAUACGAGUAGAAACCACAA